CUCGCCCGCCGCCUCACCACCUCCGCACGCGCCAUGCCGUGGCUUAUGAAAGCCGAGCCCGAUACGCGAAUCGUCAAGGGCAAGGAUGUCAAGUUCUCCGUCGACGACUUUGAGGCGAUGGGCGAGUCGCCGUGGGAUGGCGUGCGCAGUCACGAGGCCAAGAACAUCAUGCGCGACAAAAUGAAGCUUGGCGACAAGGUGCUGUUCUACCACUCGAACUGCAAGGUCCCGGGCGUGUAUGCGCUCGCGGAGAUCAGCAAAGAGGGAUAUCCGGACUACACGGCGUGGGAUGCCAACCACCCGUACUUUGACGCGAAGAGCGACCAGGAGAACCCGACGUGGUAUAUGGUCAGCGUGCGGUUUGUGGAGCGGCUCGCGUAUCCUGUGACGCUCGCGAAUGUCAAGAGCCUCAUUGGGCUCAGUUCGCCGCCGGACGGCGUGGCGUAUAUCGGUACGGAGGGGCUCAAGGCCGUACAGUCCAUGGCGUUGAUUAAUCGCGGCCGACUUAGCGUGCAGCCGGUCGAGGAGGCGGCGUAUGAUGCUAUCGUUGCGAUGGGGCGGCGGGGCGGCUUUGAGGAGCCAGUCAAGGGCAAGGGGAAGCGGGUCAAGGACGAGGCCGAGGCUGAGCCUGAGACAGAAACGAAGUCGGCGUCCAAGGGAAAGUCCGGCUCCAACGCUGACACCGACAAGGCCAACUCCAAGCCGCCGUCAAAGAAGAGCCUCGCUGAGACUACCGGGCCAACACCCAAGAAGACCAAGGCCGAGCCAAAGGCCAAGACACCCCGAGCCGAACCCAAACCCCGCGUCGAGGGUUCCCGCCGCAGCUCACGGUUACAGAAGUGAUCACAUCGACAUUCGUGGCUAUGAACUCUUGCUUCUUCAGAUUCUUCGUUGCUUC